UUCGUCCGAAAUCAGUGUUGUGUGCAGCUCCAGGGCAACCCUCCAUCUUGGAUUGCGUGAGACCUGAUCAACGGAGGCUAAGUCUCGGGGGGCGAGGCAGUGAGUUUCCGUUGUUUAGUUGGGUGGGUUUUUGGGUUUUGGUUUUAUAUUUUGGGGAGGUUGUAAUUUGGAGGGUUGCUUGGUAUCGUCUUUCAUGAGAUGGGUCGAGGGCAGCAGUAUGUUACGAAACUGCGCCACUAGUGCUGAAGCAAUACCUGUGCGCUAAGUGAGAGUGUUCCUCAUGGGUGGUGAGAAGGCAGGGAGUCGCUAGUCGUUGCAUCUUUGGCGUUUUAGAACGAGAGUUGGUGGUACGCACCAGUUUCGUCUCUUGGCUGCCAGGAGCUUUCUGCAACCAUGACGACUUGUGUAAGCAAUAUGUUGUCCCUAGUUUCCUCCAGCUACCAAUGUCGCAGGGCGAGAGCUGAGGCAGAGGAGAGGGUUUUAGUGCGUGCGGGUGGGCGUAGCAGCCGCAGCAUUCUGUUCUUUGAGGGUAGGUUGAAUCUUCGACCAACUUCUUUCGAAGUAGCUGCAUUAAGGGGCAGUGUAGGGUUACCAAUUCUCUCUAUUCGAAGGAAGAGGACGGGCCCGAGGGUGUCGGCAGCUUUUGUUUGCAGUGCCGGCGCGAGUGGUGGGCCUCCGGAUUCUCAAUCCUCAGAGGAUGCGCCGAAGCCUAAGCAAGGUGUCAAUCUGUUGCCUAAGCUGCUUCGGAGACUUCUUCCAGCUGUAGUGAUCGGAGUUGCAUCCUGGUUAAUAAGGCAUCCAAGCAUCGCUGUUGCGAGUGUCGAGGCUCCAACUUUCGCGGUUGGAGGGGAGGCUGCUCAUGGAGGGGCUUUAUCCAGGGAUAUCGCCAAAGCCGGAGGAGGGUUAGUAGCAAGUGCCUGGACUGGACUGGUGGCAGGUACUCUACACACGUUAACAGGGCCUGACCAUUUAGCCGCUCUUGCACCCCUUUGCAUUGGUCGAUCUAGACUGCAGAGUUUUUCGGUGGGUGCUCUAUGGGGCUGCGGUCACGAUGCAGGUCAAGUCAUUUUCGGCAUCAUCUUCCUUCUACUAAAAGACAGGUUGCACCUUGAUAUUAUUCAAACAUGGGCUGCCCGUGUAGUGGGUCUCAUGCUGAUUACUGUAGGAGCAACGGGUCUUAAAGAGGCAUAUGAGAUUGACGCAGCCGCUCCAGUUUUGGCUGAAGGAGAAAUGCCUGCCGUAUCUGUAAAGAAGUCAGUCGGUCCAGCUACUUUCAUCACUGGUAUCGUACACGGAUUACAACCUGAUGCACUCCUGAUGAUAUUGCCUGCGCUAUCUCUCCCAUCACGAGCUGCGGGGGCGGCAUUUUUAGGUAUGUUUUUGUUGGGUACAGUUUUGGCUAUGGGCAGUUAUACCGCUUUUGUUAGCUCAUUGAGCAAAGCGCUGCAAAAGCGUGUACCGAAGAUCAAUCAUCAGCUCUCUCUAGGCUCUUCCUUAGUUGCCAUAGCACUCGGUAUUGCAGUUUUGCUCGGAGAGAUAUUCGGUUUCAAUAUUUUUUGAGUUCGCUUACUUCUAUUAUAAUGUAGAGAUCUGUAUUAGCUCAACUUUUUUUGCGAGGCGAACCAGCACCAGCCCGCUUAUUGAAAUCUACCGGAAGCAGACAUGAAGGUCCCUCUCACGAGGCUGUUCCACGAAUUUCAGUCUAAUGAUAUUCUUUCACCUUACAAAAUUCGGCGUAUCCAAUAAUUGACAAAAUACAUCCCGACUUAGACCAUUUGUUUGUGUCUAUACAUAAUAGUUGUCCGAGAUUAUGAUUUUUGAAGGUCUUUAGUUUGUAUCUACUUCGAUCACAAUAAGAUAUUUGUGGUCCAGUUGCCAUGAUAGUUGGCAGUUUCCUCUCUCAACUAUUAUUAAAUGUAACAAACGUUAAUUUGUGUCAGUAAUGUCAAAUUGCGAAUGUGGUGUAACGCUGUCCACAAACCUGCUUUUGAUUCAA